AUGGCUGCAAAAUUAUUGGCCAUCUACAACAUACUCUUCAAUCAAACCACCAUUUAUGGCGAUUUGGCGCCCGCCAACCGGGUCGGAGAGUGGGAAACCAACAUUGGUUUUUACCAAGCCAUUGAGCUUACCAAGAACUCGUUGCUGUACAAGAAACAAUCAGAGUUUCAAACCAUUGAAGUGCAUCAGUCCAAAUUUUAUGGCAAGGUGCUAAUAUUAGAUGACGCCUUGCAAUUGACAGAACGCGAUGCAGAUUCCUACAAUGAAAUGAUGGCCCAUGUGCCAAUGUUUCAACACGUUAGUCCAAAACGAGUAUUGAUUAUAGGCGGGGGUGAUGGAUAUGCCUUGGCGGAAGUCUUGAAACAUGAGAGUGUCGAACAUGUGGAUCACGUCGAUUUGGACAAGGAUGUCAUUGAGACUUGCGAAUUACACUUUCCCCAAUGGGCCACGGGAUGGAAGGAUCCACGCGUCAAGUUGCACAUUCAGGAUGGCGCCAAGUUUAUUGAAAACUUGACAGAAAAGUACGAUGUCAUUAUUCAAGAUUCUUCGGAUCCCUUUGAAGUCGAAGAAGAUGGGACCAUUACCCCCAUGCCAUCCGGGGCCUUGUACGAAGAAUCGCACUUUUGUGCCCUGAAAGAAAUAUUGACGGAAAAUGGAAUCCUCAUGAUCCAAGCCGAGUCCUUUACCAUACCUUCUUCGUUGCAUGGAAUUUCCUUAUGGCGGGACAAAAUGACCAAUUGUGGCUUUGAACGAACUCGAUAUGGAAGCAUCUUGACGAGUUCGUAUCCGACCGGGCAAAUUGGAUUUUUGUUGGCCGAACAGACACCAUCGGCAGCCAGUAGUCCGCAAGCCAUUCAAGAACGUUAUGAUCAAAUAGUGGAACGGGGGACACCCACCACCUACUAUCACCCACCAUUGCAAAACAGUUGCUUUGAUCUUCCCUUGUGGGUACACAAUAGCAUAUACAUUCCCAUGCCAGUGGUCCGAGACAACAAGGACAAGGACAAGGGCAAAACGAAUGAAGAAUUGUAG